AUGCUUGCCCUUGAAGGUUCAGGAAAUGAGGAACGUCCCUGUAAGAGUAUCCCUGAACGUGAACUCCACUCUGAAUCAGAGUUUGAGCCUGAGCCGGAACAAGAGCAAGACCCUGCAUCAGACCAUGUAUCCAACUCUGGCAGUUCAGGGAAUGAGGAACCUCCCUGUAAGAGUAUACCUGAACGUGAACUCCACUCUGAAUCAGAGUUUGAGUCUGAGCCGGAACAAGAGCAAGACCCUGCAUCAGACCAUGUAUCCAACUCUGGCACAGUACCUCAUUUAGACGUCUAUGAACGGUUUGCUGAGAAUUUACUAGGAUCCAUCUUAGCACAAGGCCUGGCUGGGGCCUCCAGGCACGUUCACGACAAAGAAUCCAGCACAGCUACAGGUUCAGGGAAUGAGGAACCUCCCUGUAAGAGUAUCCCUGAACGUGAACUCCACUCUGAAUCAGAGUUUGAGCCUGAGCCGGAACAAGAGCAAGACCCUGCAUCAGACCAUGUAUCCAACUCUGGCAGUUCGGAAAAUGAGGGACCUCCUUGUAAGAGUAUCCCUGAACGUGAACUCCACUCUGAAUCAGAGUUUGAGCCUGAGCCGGAACAAGAGCAAGACCCUGCAUCAGACCAUGUAUCCAACUCUGGCAGUUCAGCAAGCGAGGAACAUAGUGACAUGGAGCAGGGCAGCGAUAAUAGUGAUGAUGAUGCAGGAUACUCUAAAGCUAAGAAAAGGGGGAGGUAACAGAUAAUGACAUUUUGAGGGACUCUGAAUACCCAGAAAUAUAUAUCAGAAAGCAAUUAAAGAAAGCAAACUCAGUAAGUGGACAAGCAUAUAAGAAGAAACAUUCCAGAGUUUACAACAACUACCAUGCAUGUUACUAUUGUAAAGAGUUGUUCUUGCACAUUCCUGUUCACAUGAAAACACACAGGAAUAUAUCGGAAGUCAGACAUGAACUAAAGAAAACCCAGCCAGACUUUUCAUCCCUCAGAAAGUUGGGUGAUGACCAACACAACAGGGAUGUUGUUAAUCAGAAAAAGGGAGAGCUGAUUAUUGCACGAAAAUCUAAUGAGAAAACAUUGGACAUCACCAAGUAUGGGCCAUGUGUGAAUUGUAGAGAAUGGAUGCUUUUAUCGGGAUUGAAGAAGCAUUUCAGAACAUGUGCAAAGGGAGAGAAAAGAGGGAUGGGAAAGAAAGAUCUUGUGAUCACCGCUCAAAUAUUAGCUGGUCAUGUUGUAGGAAAACCGUCCAAAAUGAUGUUGGAGGAAGUUUAUAGAAUCAUGAAGGACGAUGAAUGCUCUAGGACUGCCAAAAAUGACGUUCUCAUUCUAAGUCUUGGGGAAAGUUGGCUGCGUCGAAACAUAGACAACAAUGAAAAGAGAAAGUACUACGCCAGCGGACGUAUGAGGCUUUGUGCCAGAUUGCUGAUUGCCCUUAAAGCUCAACAACUGCAAACUAAAUCAGAGGAGAAUGAAGUCACUUGUGAGACUAUGUGGGACUUCCUAAUGCCUUCAAAGUUUGAUGACUUUGUAACUGCUUCUCUAGCUGUUAGUAUGCCGCAUAUGGAUGAUAUGGAGGAUUUGAGAGCGCCUUCAAAUGCAAUCAAGCUCAAAUAUGACAUUAGAAGACUUCUAAAUGCAAAGUAUGCAUAUCUGCUGAGGGCAAGUGAUGUGGUUUCCAAUGAAAUAAAACAAUGUAAACGCUUCCUGAAAUUAAUGGAAAUUGAAUGGGGUGAAAGGGUUACAAAAGUAGCAAGAACAGUUCUGCAGACA